AAAUGCCCCUCAUCACAGACUUCACCCUCCCCACAUCGCCAAAGCACCUCGAAUUGCCCGAGGGCAACGAUGCAAAAGCGUUCAUUGUGUUCGUGACUUCCGAUGACCCUUUAACCGGUCAAUCCUGGUGCCCGGAUGUUCGUGCCGCCUGGCCAGUUCUUGAGGCCACGUUCUCCGGGUCGAACGCACCGGCACUAAGAGUGGUUGAGGUUGGACAGAAGCCAGAAUGGAAGGAUCUACAGAAUGUCUAUCGCACAAACUGGAAGGUCCCUUGUAUCCCGGCAUUAGUGCGAUACGAACGCGUCAACGGUGAGACGGUCGAGACAGGGAAGCUGGUCGAAGGAGAGAUUCUGGAUAAGAAGAAGCUGGGGGAGUUUAUUGGUGUGACUCUUUAAUCGUUGCUAUUGAUGUGUAUACGAAUCUUUUCCGACUCAGAUAUAAAGGCACAAAUACCAACGAAACGACUUUCCAUUUUUAAACCAGGAAAGAAUUUGGCCAAGGAAACACCACGUCGGUAACCGGACUGGAGCUAUCAAAAAAGAACAACCCAUUAAUCCACCGUUUGAUAACUAACCGUUUGGGGUCCGAUCUGUUGGAUGAGCCAAGUAACUCAACCUCUAAAGAGAGAUGCUUCUCGAUAUCGUCUAUAGUCUUGUCAUCCGACCAAACUGCGGUAAAAACAUACGUUUCUUUUUCUGUCCACCGAUGGCCUGCCUCUCUGAUAAAAACUCCGCUGUACGGAUUAUUACCUCUGCACUCAUCCCGAGGAAUUAAUGAGCCAAGCCGAAGCCGACAAGAAUAUCGAUCAUCCAUUGCCUUGACAAUCUCUUCGGCCAUGAGAUCCUUGUAGAAUUUGGAAAAUGUGAUGCCCUCACCCUCCCACCUUUUGUCUUCGUCCAGAUAUGUAUCGAUAGCCUGUGCAAUACAUUCAUACCGACUUCCACACCCCCCUGAGCCCAAAUGACUAGCGAGCUGGCCCAAACGCUUUCUUUGGUAGCUGUUCAAUUUGUAAUUGCGUCCUUGGACUGGUGGUUCCGUUCCUCUGGCAUCCUCCACGAUUUUACCCAACCGCCAGAGGUGACCCGACGUUAGAAUUCCUUCUUCCGACAACUUCACCUUCGCGAAAC